UUAGAAACUAGAAAUUGAAGUGUAGCUCAGAGAUCAUGCAGUAGCCUGUUAUAUAGCGUGUCCUCCAGUCCUGUGGGGGCGCUGUACUAAGCGAUGUGUCACUGUCGCUCUCGUACUGCCGCUGUUGCUACCGGCGAGUGAGUGUUAGCGCAGACGCUAAUGACAAGAGUUGUUUCAACAGGCUACCUCUGUUUUCUCUUCUUUUAACCUCUUCACCCUGGGAUUAAAGUUCUGUCUGAAGUUGUGAAUCUGUGCGGCGGUUGAUAUCGACAGUCAGACAUCAGCAUGUUUAACUCUCAUCAGCAACAGCAGCAGUUUCAUCAGCAUCUGCGUCAGCUGCAGCAGCUGUUUCAGCAGCAGACGCCCCCUCCGCCGCCACCACCCCCUCCACCACCUCAGCCUCCACCUGGCCAUCACAUCAGCCAUCACCAUCAGGCCGCACGGCCUAUGGGUGUGCCCACCGCAGCACCACCUCCUGCCCGUAUGGUCAACCUCUGCUCGGCGACUCAAACCAUCAUCGGACCCAAUCCCAUGCUGCAAGGGGCUCUGCUGAUGCAACAGAUACAGGCCGGUGGCAUGCGUGGAUUUGCCAUGGGUGGACAGCAGUUCCCACAGUUCUUUGCUCCUGGAUCCAGAGCGUCUCUCCUCGGGCCUGUUCCAAUGGGAGUGGCCAUCAAAACUCCACAUAUGGGAUACCCGCGACAUUUCAGCCCACACGCUCGUUACUUCAGCAAUCAGGAUUUUCAGUCACGUCAACCAGACAGAAAGAGAGAGAUCGAGCAGAAACCUACGGGGAGCAGCAGCAGCCAAUCAGAAGCCAGCGGCAGCAGAGUGGAUGAUGCAGCAGGUGUAGCCACUUCAGAUCAGCCUGAAGAGCCAGCGGCCAAAAAACAGAGAACAGAAGGGUCUGAGGAGCCCGUGGACACGGAAGAAUCAGUAAAGAGCGCUGAAUAUAAGAGUCCAGAUCCUGAAGAGUGCACGCUGCAGGAGGGAGGGAGCGUGGAGGAGCCGGUGGCCGCUGAAGCACAUGAACAGAGUCAAGUGGCCACGCAGAUGGAAUGCACCACACCGUCAGUUCAUGACGGAGAGAAGCAAAACCGAGACGUUGAAGAUGACGCCAUGGGCUUCAGUGCCGCCAGUGAUGUGCCCACAGUCUCUGCCAGAGGUCCAGAGGAGAUCAGAGACGGAACACAAGAGACCUCCAACAAGUUCUUCUGCUAUAUUUGCAACAUCACUUGUCAUAACCAGCAGAAUUUCCAGAGCCACAUGAACGGACUGAGUCACCAGCAGAAGAUGAUGGAGAUCCAGCACAUGAGUAACGCGUGUCUCGUGACGCUGCUACCACGAGUCCAGGAGUCUUUACAGGGGACUCGUAAAGACGGAGAGAAGAGACCAGGCCUGCAGAGAUGGUGUUCCACCUGCCAGACUCACUUCACCACCAAUGUGAUGGAGCAUCGCAAAACCAGAGAGCACAAGUGUAGUCGCUCGUCUACCUCCAGCUGCACCGUCUGUAAACAGGACUUCACCACACCCAGAGAGUUUGUGAAACACAUGAAGACUAAAGAACACAAGCAACGAGUCGAACAGUUGUGGAGGGAUUCUGGUAAGGACGGUGUGGAGGAGCUGAACGCUGAGAUAGUAUUGGGCGAGGAGGAUGAUGACAUCAGCGACAACGAGAGGGAGGAGGAUGAAGACGGGAAGGAGGGUCUGUCUGCGCAGAUGGAGGUCACGCUGGAAGAUCUGACAGAGAACGAGGAGUUUGAAGCUGAUAUCCUGUAUGGGUCUAGUUUCGUGGUACCCGUGGCCGGUUUCCUCUGCCGUCUCUGUAAUCAUUUCUAUCACUUUGAAUCUUCUGCUCGACACGCGCACUGCAAGACCCCCAAACACUUUCACAACCUGAAGAAAUAUAAAGCCUCAAAGAAACAUGAAGAAUCGGCUGCGACCUCAGAACCACCAGCAGACCUCAUCGGUCCAGAUAAAACCAUUGAACCUCUGUUUACCUCACCCGAGUCCCUCAUCCCGACGUCACCCCUCCAAACCCUUCAUCCCGUCAUCAGCAUUAACAGACUGAGCACCAGCAACCUGAGAGAGCAUCAGGACCAUCAGCCGUCAUCCCCAAACCAGCAGCAGGAGCCGGAGGAAGUCCUCUCACAAACACACUCCGCUCCUCCCGGCCAAUCAGAAGCCAUCGCAGGGGAAGAGCAGGGCACGGGAGAGCAGGAGGAAGAGAAGGAGGACGAGAGGUCUGUCGGCGUCCCGGAGGAGAAGGCCGGCAGGGGCAGAGGUCGUGGUGCGGGGAAGAGGCGAGGACGAGGAGGAAGGCGGCGUUGAGACUGACGUCACGGUUCGGGGGAGAGGAGAUGAUCAGAGCUGCUAUUCAUCCUGAGAGAGGAACCACUUUAGCACAGGACUGCAGUGAAAACAGGCCUCCGUAGGCAGCAUGUGUGGAAGGGUUUGUGCCACUAAACCUGUUUGUAUUAAGAACCCCGGUGCAGUCUUUAUUCUGAGCUUCUUCUUGAUGGAGUUCACUCAAAUGAUAAUUUGCAUAAAGAACGAUUCGAAGCCUGUUUUUAGCCUCAUUUAAACUCUGCAAAAAAUCUUUAUGCAGAGUACAGUAAUGUGUUUUGUUCCUUUUGAAUGCUGGGGUGAAAUGUGAAGGCGUUUGUAGUGACAUAGAAUGUAGCAGAAAUGUUCCACAAGUGGAAAUGUGAUUGUAGAUUUGAAUCCAGCUAAGCAGUUCAACCACACAUCCUUCAUCCAUCCAGAUGACUCCAGUGGGUUCAUAAAUGUCUUCUGAAGCGAAACGAUAUGUUCGUGAGAGGUGGUUUUUGUCUUCUUUUGAUAUUGUAAAGCCCCACGCGUGAAUCGGCACACAGAAACUGUUGUGUGAGUUGUAAUAAACCUCUUUAAAAGACUUCUGAAUGGAGAAGCUUCGGGUCUCUGCCUGAUUUAGUUUAACAGAAGCAAAAUAACACCAGCAUUUAACAUGUUUUAUGGCUGUUGAACAGAGCUGAGAGGGGGAGUCUGCUGAACACAUCGGGACCGCCGUCUCACCGUUCAUGACAGACGGGCAGGACCGUGAGUCAUGUUACAGUAUUCCUUUUUCUUGAGAAUUUCACUGUUUUGAAGGUGCCGAGACCGGCUUUGUGUUCACCACAAACGCAACAAGCACUCACGAUGUGCACUUUGGAUCUCAAAUGUUAAUUCCCAGCGUUCAUCACAAGUGUGGGAAUAUUGAUCUGGGAUCAUAUGUUACAGUUUGACACAUUAAAAUGAUAGAAUAUUUGAGAUUUUCCCACACCGACUUCCCUUGAUAGCUGUUCCGAUCUCAGUUUAGUUAAAAGAAUCAUUAUCAUUGAGAGUAAUGAUAGCAACAAACCCAAGCACCCACAUGCAUUCUGCUCUUGUCUGUGAUGUAAAUAAUCUCACCGUCCUUCAACAUCGGCCCUGAUUUCAUUUUCAUUCUUUCUUGAAUGAUUGUUUGAAAUGGGACCUGGACAUGUGAUGUGACGUUAGUCUGUAAUAUGAAUGGUUUAAUCUGCUGCUGUAAUCUAAUGUGUGUGAUGCCCUGAUGGCUCAGAUGAUUGUCACAUCUCUUGCCACUAAAACAGGAACCGCUUUAUACUGGUCUCCAUGAGAGGCUUUUUGAUUCAUAAUGGUAGGAACGUUGUUUGUUUUAGUUAUAUAAAAUGUAUUCUUUUAAGAGCACCUCACUGUCUACACUGGAAGAACUCUUGUCUUCUGAGAACAGCUCGUAGGAAAUCAGUAAAUGAUUUCAGACGAACUGCAUUAUGUAGCAAAUGGAAGAGAUGUGAAAGAUAGUACUGAGGACACUAUCAGGCGCUGUGAUCUGACUUUUAGAGCAGAAUCUCAUCAAAGACACAUUUCACACCCAAAAUCAGAAAUAAAUUGUUUUUCGCAUAAAGUAAUUUAAAUGUGAAAUUUGAACAGUGUUCCUGACCAGUUUUGUGAGAUUCACCUUUAAAACGGAGAACAUUUUCUUUUUGUUUCAUGUUCAUGACGAUGAUUGCGUGAUGCUUAUACUCUUAUUUCAGAUGUCAAGCUCAAUUUGUUUUGACAAAUUGUUUUCAUGGAAGUGCAUUGCUUCACAUUUGCAUGAAGAUCCAGACCAUGCUGUUUUCUGCUGGUUUGGGACAUCGUGAUGUGUUACACACGGAGGGACGCAGGCCAGUAAAACUUGUUGAUCUGUCAGUCCUGUCAAAACACCUGCAGCCGUGGUGUUCGUACAUGUUCAUUCAAACUACCAGAAGGACGUUGUGUGUAUAGCAUCUUGUAUUUGGACCUGUAAAAUAAGCUUUCCUGUAGCUCAGUGGUUAGAGCGUGGCGCUAGCAACGCCAAGGCCAUGGGUUGGAUCCCAGGGAUUGCACAUACUCCAAUACAAAUGUAUAGUAUCAUGCAAUGCAAGUCGCUUUGGAUAAAAGCGUCUACCAAAUGCAU